UCCUGAGAGAACUAGGAAGACUUAUGAGUAGACCUAGUACUGACUUAUUUAAGGAAACUCAAGCUUUCAGUAGGUUUUUUCAAACCUUAUUUAAUAUGUUGUAUUGUAAUGAAUAACAUGUUCCAUGAACAUAGCGUUCCUUUUUAACCUGUUAAGUGAUAAAUAAAGGUUAUUUCCAGUACACGCUGUCCAAGAUUAGUAGGUUUGGAUCACUGCCCUGCUCUGUGUGGGUAUUCUGUGAGAGAAGAGCCACAGACGCUACUCUGCAGGAUCCUGUGGCAUUACUGAUGACACAGCAGGAUGAUGGAGCUAAUCUCCAGCUGGAGAGUAUAUCUUCCUAAAGCUUUGUCCCACCGUGUUGGCUGCUCCAAUGUCACUUAAGGUCUACAGCGCUAAACAUUCUGCCUUAAAGUAUUUAGUGUCUUUCAGCUGUGUGGAAUGAUGGAAUGCAUCAGAACCUCCCCCAGGUCUUAAAUCAGUGGAGGAACCUGGAAAUCCAAAUAAUCAUACACAAGCUCUGCAGCUAGAGUUAAUGCCUUUGCACAUCUAUAUUGUGCCCUGGUGUGAGAAGAGACUAUCACAUUGAGACCAGAGGAUCCCUUGGAGCCAUUGGGACAACAGUGAGUAUAGGAGCCAUGGGACCUCCAGGGACCACCGAGGAUGGGACAAGAGGACGGCGAACAUCUAUGCCCAGUCAAACAAAAUCUAUCAUGGUUGUCUAUUCCACACCUUCAGGGGAGAAAAUUCAGAAUGAGAGCUACGUAAUAAAUACAGGCACAGGCUGUUCCCCUCCUUUUCCGGACAUCAUGCCAGGGACAGUUCCUGAGCUUGCAACAGCCAAGAGGCGCCAUAAAAGUACAACGGAUAUUCCUUAUCGGGGAAACAUUUGCUUACUUCCACCAUCCACCCCUGGUGUCACAGAUACAGAUACAUUCUUGCGUCGCUGCUCACUCAGAGAGACCAAAACUGUUUCACGCUAUCCUCGCCAUGCCCUCAGUGUGCCUAACAUGGGCAGUACCAGUCCCUGUCGUGUCAUCAGCAACAGUCCUCUUCCCAGCAUCCAGCUUUCACCAGCACACAGCAACAUAUCAAGCCCUGCUAAAGAGAUGGAGAAGCUGGCUAAGGCCCGGAGUAAACUCCUGGACAGUCAGUGUACCCAAACCCCUACCCUUCCUCCAGAAACCAGAGAGCAACUUCGCUAUGUCUCCAAGGAUGGAAAGUGCCGUGUGAACCUGUGUCACAUAUCCGAGAGGGGUCGCUUCCUGUCUGACAUCUUUACCUCGUUUGUGGACCUUCAGUACCGCUGGUUUCUAUUUGUUUUCAUGAUGUGCUACAUCAUCACCUGGUUCCUGUUUGCUGGGCUCUACUUCUUGAAUGCAAACUUUCGGGGUGACCUAGGACAAGAGCAACCUGUCAGUACCCCUGAAGAGCAUCUCAUAGAACAAAGGCCCUGCUAUUUAGGUGUAGAUGGCUUCAUCUCAGCUCUACUGUUCUCAGUGGAGACGCAGCGCACCAUUGGUUAUGGAUCACGCACCGUGUCUCCAACCUGCUAUGAGGGUGUACUGCUGGUCAUGAUGCAGUGUAUUGUUGGGUCCAUGAUAGAUGCACUCAUGGUGGGCUGCAUGUUUGUCAAAAUAUCCCGGCCUAAAAAGAGAGCUGAGACACUUCUCUUCAGUCGCACUUGCGUUAUCGCCAACCGUGAUGACCAGUUAUGUUUGAUGUUCCGUCUGGGGGACCUGAGAGAGAGCCACAUGGUGGAUGCCAAGGUCCGUGCUAAGUUAAUCAAGUCUCGGCAAACAGCUGAGGGUGAGUUCUUGCCACUUGAGCAGACAGAGAUCGACCUUGGUUAUGAAACUGGAUCAGACCGACUCUUCCUGGUGGAGCCACAAGUCAUUCAGCACAACAUUGACUGUAAUAGUCCCCUCUGGGAGCUGGGCCCUGAGCAGCUUAGACGACAACAGUUUGAGAUAAUCGUUAUCCUGGAAGGAAUUGUUGAGGCCACAGGCAUGAUGUGCCAAGCCAAAACAUCCUAUAUUGAAACAGAGAUUGAGUGGGGCGCUCGCUUUGAACCCUGCUUGAUGCUGGAGAAGGGCUCGUUCAGAGUCGAUCUGCGUCGGUUCCACACCACCUACAAGGUACCACUGCCUAACUGCAGCGCCAGCCAGGCGCAUCAGUUAAUGGUUCUUGCGGACUGCAAACUCCAAGGCUCAGAAGUCAACAGAGACUGGGGAACAUGGGUAGAGGGAGUUUCAGAGGAGGACAAAGACAAGCAACCAUCUCAUGGAGGAUUCACUAUUGAUAACAUUCAGGAGGAGAGAGCAUCUGAAGGCAGUCAAAGUGAGGGAAGCAAAGACAAAAUCUCACCAUAACAGCAGCAGAUAAAAGACUUUUUAUACUACUUAGAUAUGUAAUAAUAUUUAUAUACCUAGGUAUAUAAGUAUUAUUACAUAUCUAAGUAGUAUAAAUAUUAUACUACUUAGAUAUGUAAUAUUUAUAUACUUAGGAAUAGCCCUUUUAAAUACAGGACAUAUAGACAUAUAACAGCAGGAAAUGCCACAAAGGUGUAAAUAAUGAAUUCACAACAUUUGAAUUGUUUGCUAAACAUUGCCCCAAAAUACCAUUGCUACACCUGUCAAACUUUUCAAUCUUGCACUGCAUAUGCAGUUUACAACAAUAAAGCUAGCAGAUUUACCACUCCAAAUUCUUCAUAACUUUUGAAAUGACAGGUUCUUAAUUGGAUUCUUGACUGAAGAAAAAGAGGCUCCUUAUUUCUAGCCAGUAACUGUAAAUUUCCCCACUUAAAUGACAACUGUUACUGGCAGAUUUGUUAGCUAUAGCUGGCUGGGUGAGUUUGAAAACACCUUCUCCAGUUGACUUUUUCAUGUUUCCAGCUGAUGUGUUUUAAAAUGAUAAAUGUGUGUGAAGGGGGUUUUGUUAACUAUGCAAUUGGUGUGUUAAAAGACUGGCUAAACCUACAUGUCCCUGUUAUGUUAGGGGCUACAAACACUAGUAGGACCCAAAUGCUGAACGCAGUGACUGGAUAGGUGUCAGACUUCACGGGAAUUUAUUACAAGGAAUUUCAUUCUAAGUCUAUGAGCGAGGGGGCAGGCAGGCGAGUGGGCAGGCAGGUGAGUGAGGAAGGACAAUCUGGUUCCUGGGGAUAUCAGAGAGGGGCUGGUGUGGUUUGGUGGCUCCAGGGCGUGAGGAUGGAUUCAGUGUUCUGCGGCGAGUGGCUUGAUAUGAUACAGUUGGCAGGGUUCAGGUGGUCAUGAGAUAGAAAACAAAGAUCAGGGUGAGCGUCUAUGUAGAAGCAAAAAACGUGACUUGAGCAUAGAGACUGAACUCAAUAUUUAGCGACUGACGUAGCUACUGGGUGGUUAAGCUGGCGAACUGGUGAAGAAUGGAGAGCUGAAUUAGACUUAAGUGCAGGCUGGAGGAAGGAGGAGUGAUGACCAGUUUGGAUUAUAAUUCCUCUCUGUAGGUGUGAGUUUAGGAGAGAAAAAGGCACAUGAUUGGUGUCUCAGGUUUGGGCCAGAGCACUGGGAGAGGCCAGCUCCCACACCAGUGUCCACCUUUACAAUGAACUGCUGUUUCAGAUCAGGUUGGAUCAGCACUGAUGCCGUGGUAAACAAUUCUUUGAACUGUAGUCACGUAUGAACUUUCUAUAAAAGUUUGCAAAACUCAGGAAUCUCUGUAGCUGCUUUCUGUUUGUCGGUAUGGUCGGAAUGGCUCACUCAACCACUGCCUGGACCUUUCACAAACCCCAAGAAACUCUCUGAGGAAUUAUGGAACUUGCAGUUCUCAGCUUUUACAAAUAGCCUGUUCUUCAAAAGUCUCAAGAGCACAUGAUGUACAUGGUCUAAUAUGUUCUUGGAAAAAAUGAGAAUGACAUCCAGAUAGACAAAAAUCUGUCUGUUCAAAAAGUCCUGAAGAACGUCAUUUACUAGCGCCUGGAACACAGCUUGGACAUGACUAAGUACUCAAAACGCCCCAGAGGUGCCCUGAAGACUGUUUUCUAUUCAUCCCCCUCCCAAAUCCCGAAAAGGAUUGUGGAGGUCCAGUUUAGUGAAUAUCAUGGCUCCAUGGAGGGUUUCAACGGUAGAUGUAAGCAGGGGAAGUGGAUACUUGGCAGAGUCUGCGAGUCUUUUUCUCAAAAAAAAAAAAAAGUGCUCCUAGAGGUGAAGAGGAUGGCCAAAUUAUCCCAGCGACCAGGGAUUCCUGUAUGUUCUUCUCCAUGCAUUCAGGCAAAAAGUUAGCAUCUCUACCAGCUGAUGAAGAAAAAAAAUUGAGAUUAGAUUGUUUAUUCUAAUGUAGCCCUAUUUGGUUGCUUAGCUUACAUGUAUUCUGUAUUUUCAAACUGCAUCUUUUCACUUUUAUUGCUACAAGAGAAAAGGGCUUAGGAUGAGGACUAACCAGUGUAUUUGGUAAACAUAGUCCUAUCUUGGUUAAUAUUAUCCUUAAUGUAAUGUAAGAGCUGCUAACAUUAGCAUAAACCGGUAACAUUCAGGGCUAGCUUAAACACAGUCACAAACUGGGCAUUUUAUGAAGGUAACACUUAGCCCCACAAACUAAUGUAGUUAGUUGAUGUUGUGCUCCCUGGACUUGGAAAAAAAUCUGAGUUUCUACUGUUGCUAUUUAGCUAAGUUAGCCGGACAUGCUAAGAUUGGUUUCAGCAUCCUGGCAUUUGUGCACACUACCGUGGGUUAGCAGGGACUCUUAAAUGGAACAGAGCCAUUGUAAAAGUUAUUAAUGACAGCUGUGCUUUUCCUGUACAACUAGUCAAAAUGUCUGCUCUGAAAAGGCCUUUUAAGUCAUUGAAGGUUCUGCAUCACUGUUGAUAUGGAUAAUCUAUCAAUGAGGGUUAACUGUCUCUGUGAGAUGCCAUGUACUGUACAUGUAUAGACACAAAAAUCAGAAACCAUGUGUAUUUAUUUCUCAUACAAUU